GCGUGGACAAGACGCUGCGGGUGUUCGAUCUGCGCAACUUCGCGGGGCCCGUGCAGGUGCUCCACGGGCACCAGCUGGCGGUCCGGCGGGUGAAGUGUCACCCGCAUGCUGAGCAUCAACUGGUCUCGUCCUCCUACGACAUGUCCGUGAACGUAUGGGACAUGAACAUGGGCCAGAUGAUUCAGCAUUUCGACCACCACAGCGAGUUUGUACUCGGCGUCGACCUGAGCCUGUUCGAGGACGUGGCAUCUCUCUGGCGGCCUCGGCUGGUCGGCGAGACGAGCCCGCCCCUCUUCACCGCCGCUGGUUCCCCAUGUCCCCCGCCCGUGACGUCAGCAAGGCACGCGCGGCAGAGCAGAGCGUGCGCGACAGCGAGGGCGUGCGCGGGCCUGUCCGAUCCCACGUCGGUGCUCACGAGGAACGGCGCGAGCGGCCUGGGGGAGAGGAAGGGAGAGGAAGGAUGAGGUUGGGAC